AUGCUACUCAUCCGACGCUUGUGGCUUCUGCCCGCUUCUCUGCUCACCUGCGCGCUCUACCUUCUUUUCCAGCGUUUCACACGAGUCCCUUCUAUCCCGCUCCCUCCCGUACCAAUUGACGAUGAACAACGCCUCCACUGGCACAAGCGGCCAGAGUGGUAUCCUGUCACUUCGUUCAUUCCCUUACCUACAGGUGCAGCCGCAGACAUCCCGCAGAUCCAACACAAAGAUUUCGUGGCAGAGACUGUGCUGAGCAGGAAUCGCCGCUUGGAACGGAGAGACGCUGUGAAAGCGACAUUCCUGCGGUCCUGGAAUGCUUACAAGACAUAUGCAUGGGGUAAAGAUGAAGUGUCACCCGUUUCCGGAACAUGGCGAUCUAGCUUCGGAGGUUGGGGUGCUACUCUUGUCGACGCGAUGGAUACGCUGUGGAUCAUGCAGCUCAAGGAUGAUUUUGAGAAGUGCGUCACCAUGGUAGGGGAGAUUGAUUUCAGCACAAAUGAAGAAGAUAUCCUCAAUGUGUUUGAGACGACAAUCAGGUAUUUAGGUGGUCUGCUUGCAGCGUAUGAUCUCAGUCAUGGACAGUAUCCUGUACUGUUGGAAAAGGCACGCGAGCUGGGAGAUAUGCUAUACGCAGCCUUUGAUACCGCACAUAGGAUGCCAGUGACGAGAUGGCAGUGGAGGACAAGUGCCAAAGGGGAGCGGAUCUUUCCCAGCGAGACAACCUUGCUGGCUGAAUGGGGCAGUUUAACGCUAGAAUUCACUCGCUUAGCUCAGCUGACCGGAGAGAUGAAGUAUUUUGAUGGGGUGCAAAGGAUCACGAAUGAGCUACAGAGGAUACAGAACCUCACCGCAAUGCCGGGACUUUGGCCUGUGGUAGUCAACCUCAAAGUUUGGCCAAGCAGAGCGCCUUACACUCAUUUCACAUUAGGCGGCAUGGCAGAUUCAACCUACGAGUACCUACCGAAGGAGUAUCUGAUCCUCUCUGGUCGCGGAGAAGAGGGGAAGCAAGUCCGCAAGAUGUAUGAAGACACCAUGGAAAUGGUCCAAAAGCACAUCUUCUUCCGGCCAAUGAUAGAGACAGGUGAAGACGUGCUACUGAGCGGAAACGCCGCCGUUGACAAAAAGGGCAAAGUCUCGUUAGACCCCCAGGGACAGCAUCUUGCAUGCUUUGCAGGAGGAAUGGUAGCAAUUGGGGCGAAAAUUUUCGAUAGACCUGACGACCUCGAUGUCGCAAAGCGGCUUGUUGCUGGAUGUGUCUGGGCAUACAAAGCAAUGCCUACUGGGUUGAUGCCAGAGACAUUUCACGCUGUACCAUGUUCUGUUGGUGUUAACACAGCGGAACCGUCUGAGUGCGAAUGGAGUGAGCCGAAAUGGUAUCAAGCCAUACGGAACCGGCAUCACCUCGAGACCUCUUCAGACACACCCACACAGCAGGAGUUAAUAGAGUUUGCUAGAGCCAGGAGCCUGAUCCCGGGCUUUUCUGACAUUGGCGACAGGAGGUAUAUUCUGAGACCAGAAGCCAUUGAAUCCAUUUUCAUCCUCUACCGCAUCACAGCUGACAAGAAAUAUCACGACAUUGCUUGGGAAAUGUUUCAGAGCAUAGAGAAUGCCACCAAGACCGACCUCGCCAAUUCGGCAAUUGACGAUGUGACUCAAGCCAUACCAGCCAAGACCGACCGUAUGGAGAGCUUCUGGCUGGCCGAGACGCUCAAGUACUUCUACCUUGUUUUUAGCGAGCCGGACCUGAUCAGUUUGGACGACUAUGUUCUGUAG